CUGAGACAGUUUUGACCGAACUUCCUGAAAACGAAAGAUUAACAGAUACCAAUAUGUGAUCCCUAACCCGUAACCAAAUAGUAGACCAAGAUGCCGUCAUAUUCUUCAAAGAAGCCUCUUCAUGUGGCUAAGAAUAUGGCUGAGUUAAACAAGCUGGCAGAGGUUAAACAAAAAUUUACCAGUGCGAGGAUAGCUGUGAAGUCAGCUGAAAAGAUCUUCAAUCAUGCAGAGCAAGCUAAGCUGGAUGGAGAUGAGGAGAGAGGAUAUGUAAUGUAUAUGAGAUACUUCAACAUCAUAACCAUUGCGAAAAAGUUGCCAGACUAUAAAAAGAAUGAGGAAUUUUUCAGUAAGAUGAUUGGAGGAAAAAAUCAGCUGAAGGCAAUUGAAGAAGCUGAAGCCCUGUCAUCUAGUCUCAAAGACAGAUAUGAACUCCUUGAGGCUGAACAUGUCAAAGCAAGGUUAGAUGAAAGGGAUAAGAAAAAAGAACAAGAACUUGAAAGGAAACAGAAAGAGGAAAAAGAAAUGGUCAAACAGUUAGAAGAACAGGAAAUGGCCAAGGAAAAGAUUAAUGAAAAUAAUGAAGCCCCUGAAAAAGAGAAUCAGUUUGCUUCUGGUGCUGUGAGCUGUAGGAAGCUGUAUGAGAUGCUGCAGACUCCAGAUUGCUCAGUUCUCAUACUAGAUAUCAGAGCUGCUGCAGACUAUGAGAACUCCCAUGUUAGAGACCCUUCAUGUAUUAAUGUACCAGCUGAUAUCUUACCAGGGGGUUGCACUGUGGCUAUGAUAGAGAAGAAUCUCCCAACAGAGGCACUGCCCAUGUGGAAAAAGAGGGGACAUGUGGGGUACAUUGUCCUGCUGGACUGGCAGAGUUCUUUGGCUGAUCUUGUCACCAACAGUCCCCUGAAUAAUCUCAAAGAUGCCAUUUAUAAGUGGGACCAGUUGGUGAUAGUCCAGCACGAACCUCUAGUACUAGAUGGUGGCUAUGAAGACUGGUUGUUGUAUUACCCUACUCUCACCACUAACUCAAAUGUGUCAGCACCACAAUCUGAUACUAAGAAAGAUCAGUCAGCUCUUCCUUCAUUGGACUUUGACUAUCCAGAUUUAGAUGAAGAGCCCCCAGAGCCACAAAAGUCAGAUGUACAGAAUGGACCAAGUCUACAGCAGAUAAACACUGAUGGUACUGUAACAACAUCUACAGGACAGAAUAGGCCUGUGGUGGAUAGAUCAAUGAAACCAAAACCCCCUGUAUCUGCUGUAGCAGGAAGUGACAGUAACAAGUCCUUUCAGCCACCCUUUACUAAACCAGCCACUGACAGCAUAUAUCAGGAGUUAAAGAAACAGUUAACAGAGAAAAGCUCUAGCAGCAGUAUAACUAACUUUGUUCCCCAGAACAGCAGAGCAGCUGAAAAUGACCUAAUAAAAACUGUACUGGAUGAUGAAACAAAGGUACAGCCUCAGUCACGUCCACAGAUACCACAAGUCAACCGUUCAUUGAAACCCAAACCCAGACCAAUCCAGGAAUAUAGUGAAUCCUCUGACAGCUCUACAUUAGCCACUGCGCAGAAGGAUAUCACAGCCAGGCUAGAUGAAUUAAGAGUGGAAACAGAGGAGAAGGAGAGAGAGAUGUUGGAGUAUAAAAAGGAGAGGGAAAAGUUGGUUGCGGAACACAAAGCCAGACUAGCACGAUUGAAGGAUGAAGAGGAUAGAAUAGAGAGACUACAGGCCAUGAGGGAAAAGGAAGAAAAAGAGGUUGCAGAGCUUCUAAGAAAAAAGAAAAUGAUUGAGAGGCAAAUCAAGACGGAAGAAGAAAAACAAGAGGAGGAACAGCAGAGAAUUAAAGAAGAAGAAAAAAGAAAGGAAGAAGAUCUUCAUCAAAUCAAGCAAGAAGAAAAAGAAAAGUUGAAGAUGCAACAGGAGGUGGAAAGAUUGAGACAAGAGAGGAAGAAAAAGGAAAUGGAAGAUAAGAGAAGAGAGCAAGAGAUACAGGAGCACAAAGAGAACAUGAAAGCAGAGCAAGAUAAGCUCAACAGAGAGAGGGCUGAUAAAGCAGCUAGAGAGGAACAAGAAAGACGGGACAAGGAGGCAGCACUGAGAUUACAGGAACAGAAAGAGGCUGAGGAUGCCAGAAGGCUGGCAGAUGAACAAAGAAAAACAGCUGCACAAGAGAGUGCAAGAAAAGCAAUGGAAGAAAAAGCAAGGUUAGAGGCAGAGGAAAAGUCCAGGAACAAGGCAGAAGAGAAAUAUAAAUAUGACGCUGAAGAAAAGGCAAAGCUGGAAGCAAGUGAGAAAAUUAGAAGGGAAACAGAGGAGAGAGAGAGAGUCGAAAAUGCAGCAGAGGAAAAAGCCAGAAAAGAUGCUGAAGAGAAGGCCAGAGCGGACCAGGCUAAAAGAGCCACCCCCCAGGACACUUCUCUGCCAAGGGGUUGGGAGGCUAAAGUGGAUGUGAGGACUGGAAGGACAUUCUAUAUUGACCACAACACAGGGACAACCCAUUGGUCCUUUCAAACACAACCACAGGUUUCACCAUCUGCCAGUGGAAGGUACUUCAUGCAGCUACAAGAUGAACCCUCCAAACCGAAGACAAACCUGAAAAGGACAAACUCCUCUCCAAACUUGACAAAACUUGGAGAUGAUGAUGACUUUAAGGGAACUAAACUAUUUCCAUCUAUAGACCGCACAACUAAGCCAGCUGCUAGGUUCAGUACCCCGCAGUUACGAGAUGAGAAUGUGAAGCCAGUGUUGACUGAGAUCACUGCAGCUAGAUUGAGAGGGUUCCAGCCUGUAUAUGGCAGUGUGGGCAGAGGUUUGACUGGACUACGUAAUCUUGGAAACACUUGUUACAUGAACUCAACAAUCCAGUGUCUAAGCAAUACACCGCUGCUUGCCAAGUACUUCUUAGAUUCUAUCUACAGGAACCACAUUAACAGGGAAAACAAACUAGGGCGAAAAGGUGUGGUGGCAGAUGAGUUUGCUCUCCUCAUCACUGUGCUUUGGUCUGGACAGUACAAGUUUGUGGCUCCAAGAGAUUUUAAGGGAGUGAUGGGCAGAUUUAACAGCACUUUUUCUGGUUUUGACCAGCAGGAUUCCCAGGAAUUCCUCAUGUUUCUACUGGAUGCUCUGCAUGAAGAUCUAAAUGAGGUGACAGUUCGUCCUAAGAUGUUGGAACUGGACAGUGACCAAGUGAGAGACCACAGAAUCCUGGCAGAGGAAGCAUGGAAGGCACACAAGAUGGCAAAUAAGUCUUAUAUUGUGGAACUGUUUCAGGGUCAGUAUAAGUCCACCCUAACAUGUCUGACCUGUAGGAAGCAGUCAGUGACAUUUGACACCUUCAUGUACCUGACCUUGCCCUUGCCAUCAAGCAACAGAUGUACACUGCAGGAUUGUCUGAGGCUAUAUCAGAAGGAGGAGAAGAUCCAGUGGAAGUGUUCUCAGUGUAAGAAGGACAGAGAUGCAGUCAAGAAGCUUGACUUGUGGAAGCUGCCCCAUCUUCUCAUCAUACAUUUUAACAGAUUCCAUUUUGGAUAUAGAGGCCAGAAACUGACCAUCUAUGUGGACUUCCCUCUCACUGCACUGGACAUGAAUAACCAUAUAUCUGGACCUAAGGGACGACCAGAGUAUAAUCUGUAUGCAGUAUCGAAUCACUAUGGUGGAACUUUAGAAUCUGGACAUUACACUGCAUUUUGUAAGAAUGCUUUAAAUCAGAGGUGGUACAAAUUUGAUGAUGAUGACGUCUAUGAGAUAUCAAAGUCAAAUGUUAAGAGUUCAGCUGCAUAUUUCCUGUUCUAUACUUCAAAGGAGAUGAAAUCUGUACUCUAAGAACACCCACAAACUAUUGUACUUGUACUCUGUUAGCAAGGAUGGAGCCUUCACUGAUUUGAGAGAUAUUCAACUGGUGAAAGAUAAAUGUGAAUCAUUAUGUCUAUUUUUUUCAUAACUGUUGGAUGUGGAAAAACUAGAAGCACACAUAAAAAUCUUCAGUACGUUGUCUGUAUAUAUGAAAAUGGCACAAUGAAUAUUAGCUUUUUUCUGUAUAUUUGCCAAUUUUGCUCUCAAUUUUUUUAUUAUGAUGUUUGUUACAUAGUAAAGGGUACAUUGAAUAAAAGAAAAACACCAUCAGUAUAAAAAUUGUUAUACAGUAAAUAGAGUAUAUUUGAAAGGCAAGUUGUUUGCUACAUUAUCUGUACAUGGACAAGGAUUUAUCUUAUGAUAAACAAAUCUAGAAUAGCUAAAUUAUUAUGUGAGAGGAAAGCUGUAAAGAGGGGUGAAAUAGUGGUUGGUUAUGGUGCAAUGUAAGUCUUUGCUAAAUUAUGGAGAGAAACAGAACAGACAUUAUAUGUAGUGCUGGUUUCUGCUGUCUUGUUACUUCACAAUCUACCACUAUAUCUAUAAAAUGUGAUGUUAAGGUUUAAUGGAGUUAUUAUUAUUAUUAUUAUUAUUAUAAGUACUAGAUUUAUGUCAUUGUUUAAUUGGUGUUAAUAAUAAAAGGUAACUGUGCAUUUCUCAUUUCACAGUAUAUGGUCAUUAUGGAGACUGUAUAGCA